AAAUAAAAAUUCAAAAUCUUAAUGAACAGAUUGGACAGUUUCCGGAAGGAGCGCCUCUCUCUGCAAAUGGUGAAAAAAACCAGAUAACAAAAACCUAUGAUUAUGGCUGACUGGCUUGGAUGAUGUUCAUCACAUGAAACUGAGCGAGUGAAGAAGGCAAUAUAUACACGUGAGCAAUUUGUGUCUCAAUGCAGAAAAAAGACGGUGAAAAACGGCAAAGGGAAACCCGUAAGCUCGCGGGAUGAAUGGAUGGUAUGAUUCUAAUCGUCUUGCAUCCCUUAUGCAGCAGUAUACACCGUUGAUAGUUGAAUUCAGGUGGAUUCAUUUCAAUAAAAAAUAAAGAACACCUUCGGUGUACAAAGCAUAGGUACAUACUUUUCCUAUAAGCUAUUUUUAGCGUUGUUUUCCAUUCCAUUUAAACGUUGAAACCCAACGAAUACAUCAGCAUUCUGCGGCCGGUUGGAACUAAAUAAACAUACAUACUUUCAAUUCUACCGAGGUUUGAAUUGUUUCAGCCUUUGACUUCAUUGUUAUGCAAAAAGGUGCCUCGAAAGCUUAAUACAUAUUUGCACAGCAGCCAUUGAUUCAGACCAAGUUCAUACUGUAGCGCAGAAAUGGUUUCACUCUCCAAGGGUCAUUCUCAAAACGUUUUGGCCCAACUAAAUACCAAAAUGUUCAGAAUUCCUUUUUGGCAGUUUGGAGUGAAAAUUUUCCUGUCAUGUGGACCAAGAUCUCCUUAGUAAGCUUUAGCAAUUCAUCAGCAAAUAGAACAGAUUUCUCUCUGACAAGAACAGGCAGCCAGGAGUUUCUGAGUGCUUCCAUAAGACCUGAGGAGUGUACAGAAGCAAUUCUUGAUGCACAAAUUGAAGAGGGGAUGCUUCAUGGUGAAAAUGUCAACACAGACGAUUCCACUGAUCUUGAUUUGUCUGAUUCAAUGCCUGAAUUUGACAGAGUUGAAGUUAAGAUGCUUCCAACCGUAGUUCUCAUUGGAAGGCCAAAUGUAGGAAAAUCAGCUUUAUUUAACAGGCUAAUAAAGAGAAGAGAAGCCCUUGUCUACAAUACACCUGAUGGUCAUGUAACACGUGAUUUUCGUGAAGGAGUUGCAAAAUUGGGGGACUUAAGAUUCAGUGUAUUGGACUCGGCAGGUCUAGAGAUGGCAGCAACUUCAGGAAGUGUUCUUGCAAGAACUUCAAUAUUGACAGCAAAUGUACUUGGAAGGUCUCACAUGGCUAUAUUUCUAAUUGAUGGCAGACAUGGAGUCCAUCCGCUAGACAUGGAGGUUGCAAAAUGGCUAAGGAAACAUGCAUCAAAUCUACAUGUUAUUUUAGCAAUGAAUAAAGCUGAAGCAAUUUAUGAUGAUACCAGUGGUGUUCUGAUGGCAUCUAUGGGAGAAGCUCAUAGUUUAGGUUUUGGGAAUCCUAUUCCAAUAUCUGCUGAAACUGGAGAGGGCAUGGCUGAACUUUAUGAGUCUCUUCGUCCUCAAUUGGAGGAUACAAUGACACACAUCAGAGAUACUUUCAAACAUGAGGAGAAUACAAAUCAGGAUGAGAAUGACAAGUUGCCUUUACAACUAGCAAUUGUGGGACGCCCAAAUGUUGGCAAGUCAACACUAUUGAAUGCAUUAUUGAUGGAAGAGCGUGUGCUGACUGGGCCUGAGCCAGGUCUAACACGAGAUUCUGUUCGGGUGCAGUUUGACUAUGAGGGCCAAAAAAUCUAUCUGGUAGACACAGCUGGUUGGUUGCGAAGGUCAAAAGUAGAAGACAAACCGACAGAAUUGAGUGCUAUGCAUGCACGUCGCAGUAUAAUGAGAGCACACAUUGUUGCAAUUGUGCUGGAUGGAGAAGAGAUAGCACAAGCAAGAACUAGUAUGCGGCAUUCAGAAAUUGCUCUUGCUCGGCGUAUAACUGAGGAAGGGCGGGGCCUGGUUGUUGUCGUGAAUAAAAUGGAUCUUUUAAAAGGAAAAGAAAAUGCAAAAUUACGAGAAAGAGUUAUGCAGGUGGUGCCUGAAGAAAUCCAGAAAAUUCUACCUCAGGUCACAGGAAUACCUAUUGUAUUUAUAUCCGCAUUGGAAGGAAAAGGACGGGCAGCUGUCAUGAGGAAAGUCAUAGAAUCUUAUGAUAAAUGGUGUGCAAGAUUACCCACAGCACAACUGAACCGCUGGCUUCGAAAGGUGAUGGCCAGACACUCAUGGAAAGAUCAAGCUCAUGGGCCAAGGGUGAAAUAUGUGACUCAAGUGAAGGCUAGACCACCAACAUUUGUUGCAUUUGUAGCUGGCUCAACCGAACUUUCAGAUACUGAUUUACGGUUUUUGACAAAUAGUUUGAAAGAAGAUUUCAACCUAGGUGGCAUACCCUUAAGAGUGCUACAGCGAACUGUUGAGAGAAAAAGAAAAGACUCUCCAAAAGUUUCAUCUACUAAAAAAGUGAAAUUCUCGAAAGCUUCCUCUGCGGUAACUUCUGAUAAAAGGGAUUCUGACAGCUCCCCUUAAAGUGUAAUCUAAUUUGGAAGUUCUUAUUCUUUGUUUAGCAAUCUAUUCACUCAUGUUUCAUGGUGUUUCUGGCCCUUCUGUUUUUUUACAAGUUGUAACUAUAAUGCUAAAUUUUUUUCAGUAUAA